CGUCCCCUCUCUUCCCCUCUCGUCGUUGACAGGUGUGUGACCUUCGCGGGACGUGAUCGCAUUUUGUGUCAUUGUUAUUCCAUUGUCACCAAGACACUCAAACGAUUCGGCUAUCGACUGACAAAAGAGUGUAUAGCUGUGUACCAAAAAAGGGGACGUGGUUGGUUUGGAGCAUUCCUUCACCAGGCUUAGGGCAAAGGCGACCUGUAGUCGCUGAUUGCUUUGCGAUACUAGACAGGGGGGGACAGGAAAAGCAAAUACUUCUCCCAAAGGACUGCCACAUAGGAGGAAGGUGGGGACAACAAUAAUGUCUGCUACUACUAGUUCAUCGUCUCCGCGCCGUUCACCUGCACCACCACCUCCACCACCUUCAAAGGAUCACCAUCAACAACUGUAUACAUCCUACUCAUCCUCGAAAAUACCAAGAUCAGGAGCUGGAGGGACAUCAUCGUCCACAUACAUCAAUGCUGAUCUCGCAAGUGCAUUACGCGAAUCAGUAAUCGUUCGUCAUCCCCAUCAUCAUCAUCAUCUUCCUUCUUCUUCCUCUUCCUCCUCCACCUCGCCGUUACAAUAUACCAGUACAAUCCCUCCCAUCAUCGAUUUCUCAUCUUCACCACCACCUCCAGUCUCCAUCUUGAGGGAGGAUUCAAGUUAUAAUCUCAAUCAAAGCAGUACCAUCACAGCGGUCGGUGCGGUCGGAUCGGGUGGUUCAAGUCAUCACCUUUCUGCCUCUACCUCUACCGCUCAACCCUUACGCUCAAAGACAUCUUCGGCAUCUCUCAACCCGCCUUCUAAGCCUCCUCCACCUUCGCCUCGAUCGAGAAAAGUAUCUUCUAGGUCAUCGACCUAUCAAAGCCCCUCCAUACCUCCAUCCUCCUCCUCCUCCGUCAACAUGGCUCAACCUCAACUUCCUUCACAGCGCGUCAUCUCCUCUGCGAAUCCAUUCGAACAAGACGAGAUCGAACCUCCACCCAUUAAUGCGUCUCGUAAGAACUCUGCACCGACACCUGCGGUCUCGUCCGGCAACACAACAGGUGUAGGAGCAGGCGCCAACGCAACGACUAGGGUCAAAUAUACAAGGGCACAAACGGCACUAGCAGGCAGCGGUACCACUACAACCAAUGCUCCCCCGUCUCCUCAUCGCACAAGGGUCAGACGAUCCAUGUCGUCUGGAUCAUACGAUGCGCAGGGUAGGGAGUUGACGGCCGGGCAACGUCGAGCCGCAGAGGAUAAGAAGGGGAGCAGACACGCAGAUGUGAUCGAUACAUGGGAUCCAACGGGUCUGGGUAGUGCGAUGUGGCAUCAUCAAGGACCAUACGAUGCAGCGGCUCCAUCCCGUAAUCUCAAUCUGCCCACCUCCCGAGCACCGAUGCAAGCGUUCAACGGCAACGACAGACCCGUUCAAUCUCCCCCCCGCGCUCCAUCCACAGUCACUCUGGCUGCUCAGCCAGUCCCGCCAGCCAAGGAUUCCGAGACUGGCGCAAUACCAACGGCAGAGAGAACUUCGCGACGAACUGGAUCAGCUGUACGACAGAGCGUUGCCACUCGCCGAACCAGUGGAGGUCUGACUGGGCAAUAUUCUACCAGUGUACCAGCCUCUGGAGGCUACUUUCCCGAUGUCGACGAGCCCAAUGACGAAGCUAGUGUGCUGAGGAAAGAGAGACAGGCACAGAGGGAUCAGAAGAGGCGAGCACUGAAAGCUGCGUGGGGCAUCGAUACGCCCGAGCCCUUCGAAGACUUUGGCGGGUCACCAGGGGAGGAGGGCGAAAUCAACCUGACCGAUGAGUCCCUCCCCUCCGAGCCUAGUGCCUCUGUCCCUCGGGUCCGGUCACCCGGUCUUCGCCUCGGGGCUCUUGGUGGGCCAAGGACUCCACCGAUCAAGGAUGACCUCUCACCGGUCAGCGAUAAAGGUGCUGGCCUCGCCAACAUCCCGGCCUCCGGAUCUGUUCCUGCGUAUGGGCCUGGAGGUGUCAAACGGACCAAGAGUCUGAUGCAAAAGAUCAAAGGAAUGCGCGAUGGCGGUCCUCGAGUUCCGAACCGAUCCCACUCACCAAACUCAGCAUCUAUCAACUCCACUCGAGAUCUCAAUGGUCAAGCAGAAACUGCGGGUGCAGGAUACAACAAGCGAUCAACCUUUUUCGGUCGGUCUGGAAAACUGUCCCCUCAAAGGACCUCUCCUCUUGGCGUCCCACUGGAUGAUCCUACUCGGGCCCAAUCCAUGUACGAAGAAGGCGAUCUAUUGGGGGAGGAAAGUGAGCUGGUGCCUUCUGAAUCGACGGCUAGUGGAUUCGUCUUGGUGGAAUCGCCAAACUCAAAGGCGAGAGCUGCGAAAGCAUUACAGCGUGAACAGCAGCAACAACAACAGCAGCAGCAGCAGCAGCAGUCGACCAUCACGCGAGCUGGCGGUGUCCCCACAAUGCAAUCCGAGCCUAUGAUGUCGACGACUCUCGCACCUCCCCCAAUACCGAAUGGGAAAUCCUCUCAUGGAUCAAACAUCGUGCAUUCAGAUACCAUGGCCAGUGUGAGCUACGGCAUACCACCGAUGAACCGAGUCAAAGGCCUACCCACGCCUCCCAUUGGACCCGUCAUUCCUGAUUUCGAGGAUCUCGUGAUAUCGCGUACGAAAUCGCGGACAAGAGCCGUUUCUGCUUCGGAGAGUUCGAGAGAGCUCAGCGUACCGGAUGACUCUGGACCGGGUGUCAAGAGAAAGACGAGUGUGGUGAAGAAACUGAGGGAGAAGAUCAUGUAAGGGCGAGGGGAAGAGGAGGCUCAGGAUCAUAGAUCGGGUAGGCGAAUGGCCUGGCGAGGUCAAGCGAAGCUGGGGGAGAUAAUGGCGAGCUAGGGAUCGGGCAUUUGGACACUGUAUUCUUCUCUUCUUUUUCUUCAUCCCCUCUCAAAACGGAAUCACAAAGUAUAUCACUCUAGACGACUUGGACGACCGUUUCCCGCUUUUUGCGACCUCAUUCUCUUACGUGUGUAUGAAUGAUUAUUAUGAUUGAAAGCCGGUGAAAGAUUCGAUAAGAUGUAGAUGGCCUAGAGAGCUAAUUAGAUCCAAGGAAAGGCGGAGGCAGAUGGGGCAGGGAG